AUGAGUAAAUCCUAUCCUCCACAGACUUCACACAUUGCACCAAAUCCCGGUCUUGAACGGCCCUUGUUCAAUUGGAGAGGUAUCUUUGAUCGUACGAAAAGAAAUUCGAGAACCACCGUAACGGAUAAGAUCUUGGCAGAAAAUCCGGAAGGAGAAGCCUCCAUACCGUUACGGCCCAACGAAUACAAAUUGAUGAAACAGAAAUAUUUUAAUGAGUUAUUGACGAUGAUUAAAAUUAAAAAUUGUUGGGAAUAUAAGGAACAAUUGUUGGACAUGAUUGAAAAGGAGAAGGAUAAAUAUCCAAAUGAUGAUUUGCAUGUCUUGUUGAAACAACCAGAACAACAAGUGUUGAAUGAGACCAUGCUGUUUGAUGAUCCGGAUAAACCUCAUCAACCAUUGAGUAUUGGAGAAGAUUUUUCACAAUUCGAAAAACACAAAAUUUAUUCUCUUUAUGGCCUUUAUCACAAUUGUAUGCAGCUUAGCUUUAUGAAAAUUGUGACGGUAGAAUCAGUAUUGAAUUGCAAAAGACCACUCGCAGAGUACAGAACUCUUCCUCUUCAUUUCAUACAGUUCGAGAAAAAAACAGAGCGAUAUUGGAAAAAGUAUGAGCAGUGUGUUUUGAAAAGUGCCAAACAAAAUGCGUAUCAUACUGAGAAAUACCGCCAAACUCACAAGGAUCAAACCAAUGAAAUGUAA